ACUCAGUCCAGUCCUGUCAAGCGUAAUAAUUGCAAUUGUAAUGCAAUUGCACUUGUAAUGAUUUGAUGACAUGUCAUGUUAGUCGAAUUGUGAUAUAAAUACACUGUACUUGUAUACAGGUCAAUAAUACUUUGUGUAGUAUGCCAUAUUGCCAGGAAACAAAAUACACAGGAAACAAAAUACAGUAUCUCUACAUCUCAUUGUGCACCACAGUGUAAAUAACUGUAAUCACAUUAUGUUAGUCAUUGAACUUGAUGUUUUGCAUUGAAACUUUUUACAGGCAGUUGGUGGUGUAGACGCCUCCACUACCCAACCCGUACACUUCUCAACUCCUGAAAAGGACUGGCCCUCUUCAUCAUCAGGCCUGUCUUUUAUCCUGACAAGUCCUGAGCCAACGCCAGACCAACCCAAAACAUCAAGGAGGUCCUUAUCUGGCAAAUACCUAGCUUUGCCUGUGGUGAGGGAUAGCCCGGCAGUAAUCCCAGAUGAGACAGACACAGAGAUGCAUCUAAUGGACGUUAGCAUGUCUACCGCCCCAGAAGAUGACCCAAAAGAUUACAGCUAUCACCUGAGUCAACAGUCAACACAAUCCAGUUCAAGUGCAACAUCCAGCUCAAGUGCAUCAGACAUUAGAAGUGGCUGGAAUGAAAAUAAAUGGAUUGUGAACGAGUCUUGCCUCAUGGCACUGUUCAGUACAUGCCAGGUCCCUACAUGUGGUGUCCCCAUCAUUGAGAAGAAAAAGUCAACAAGAGGCAGCAAGAUAAAGAUUGAAUGGACCUGUCUGAAGAACCAUUCCGGCAGUUGGAUGUCAUGCCCUGAAGUGAGGGGAAUACCAGAGAACAACCUCCUCAUCUCUGCUGCAACACUUUUCUCUGGAACAACCUACACAGAAAUUGCAGAGUGGGCCAGCAUCCUGCAUUUACAGAUUUUGAAGACAUCGCAGUUCUACUGCAUCCAAAGGGACAACCUCAUUCCUGUUAUACAUUUCGCAUACAAGGACCAGCAAGACUACCUCAUCAAGCGACUCGUGAGGGAAAAGGAACUGGGAAAGUCCAUCGAGUUGUGUGGCGAUGCCAGGUGUGACUCGCCAGGCUACAGCAGCAAGUACUCCACCUAUUCGCUUCAGCUGUUAUCCACCCAAGAGAUUGUUCAUUUUGAACUACUGCAGGUUACAGAAGCUGGCAGUUCAGUUGCUAUGGAGUCUCAAGGUUUUCGGAGGGGGUUGAACCAUCUGAUCUACAAUGUAGGACUCCCGAUAGAUCUCAUCGCAACAGACAGGGCUCCAUCCGUCCGUAAGAUCAUGCGGGAAGAGUACCAGAAUAUCCGCCAUGAAUUUGAUACAUGGCAUGUGGCAAAAGGUUUGCAGAAAAAACUACUGGCCCUCGCCAACAAGAAGGGAAAUCAGGACCUGGGGGGCUGGCUUCUUUUGGUUCUGCUGCUCAUCUUCUGA